AUGGAGCAGGUCGCGGGCAAGGUCGAAAAGGUCAAGGAGAGCGUCAAGGAGACUCUCCUGGGCACCGAGGUCGAGCCAAUGCUGUCGGCGCAAACCCGCGCCGAUUUCAUGCAGCAUGCCAUCAAGGACGAAGAGAGCGGCGAGUACUACAUGAGCGAAAAGGAGUUUGUCGAUGCCGUGGCACCCGAGAGUGAAGAUUAUCACAAGAUCAAGCGCGAGCAAUACGCCCUUCUCUUCCAGGUCGCCGAUCGGCAUAAGAAGAACCGCGUGACGCUGCAGGACUGGUCCCUCUUCCACAAUCUGCUGAUCAAGCCCGAUGCCGAGUACGAAAUCGCGUUCCGCCUGUUCGCCGACCCAACCACGGGCCUCGUCGACUUCGAGACUUUUAAAGAGCAAUAUGCGCGCAACAAGACGAGCGAGACGAUCCCCUUCAACUGGGACAGCGAUUGGGCAAAGCUCUACCUGGGCGGAAAGCGCAAGCGGCAUUCCAUGACAUACCCCCAGUUCGCACAGAUGCUACGUGGUCUGCAGGGAGAGCGCGUGCGCCAAUGCUUCUUGCACUUUGAUAAGAACGGCGAUGGAUACAUUGAGCCAGAGGAGUUUCAGCGUAUCAUCGUGGAGACGGCCGGGCAUAAGUUGUCCGAUCAUCUCCUCGAAAAUCUGCCCACCCUUUGCAACAUCAGCCCGGGAUCGCKGAUAUCAUACGCGAAUGUCAGAGCGUUCCAGAACGUCAUCCGUGAGAUGGAUCUGUUUGAGCUGGUCAUUCGCAAUGCCAUUAAGAAGUCUUCCGACGGCAAGAUCACGCGAGUAGACUUCCUCAACGAGGCAGCACGCAUCACUCGCUUCUCCCUGUUCACUCCAAUGGAGGCGGACAUCCUCUUCCACUUCGCUUCGCUGGACCAACCCUCUGGCCGACUCGGUGUAAACGACUUUGCUCGUGUGCUCGAUGCUAGCUGGCAUGCCUCAAGCAACGCAGCGCUGCAAGACGGAAUGACUGGAAUCCCAGAUGCUGCAACUGAUGCUGUUGCAACAGGCUUCGCGCACGGCCUGUUGGUGUCAGCACAUCACUUUGCACUGGGGUCUCUUGCUGGUGCAUUUGGUGCUUUCAUGGUGUAUCCCAUCGAUCUGGUCAAGACUCGCAUGCAAAACCAGCGCGCCGCUUCCGUCGGACAGCUCCUCUACAAGAACAGCUUCGACUGCUUUGGCAAAGUCUUCCGCAACGAAGGUCUUCGCGGUCUCUACUCUGGAGUUCUCCCUCAGCUAAUUGGUGUCGCACCGGAAAAGGCUAUCAAACUUACCGUCAACGACCUGGUUCGGGGAAAAUUCACUGAUCCAAAGACCAACGAGAUCAAGCUCUGGCAGGAGCUUCUCGCCGGUGGUUCUGCAGGAGCUGCUCAGGUCGUCUUUACCAACCCGCUGGAAAUCGUCAAGAUUCGUCUUCAAGUUCAAGGCGAGGCCAUCCGUGCCGCUGCUCAGGAGGGUGAGCAGCUGACGAAACGCACGGCCAUCUGGAUCGUCCGCAAUUUGGGUCUCACCGGUCUUUACAAGGGUGUUUCUGCCUGCUUGCUCCGCGACGUGCCUUUCUCGGCCAUUUACUUCCCCACCUACAAUCAUCUCAAACGUGACAUGUUCGGCGAGUCCCCGACUAAGAAGCUGGGUAUUCUCCAACUUCUCACGGCUGGUGCCAUCGCCGGCAUGCCCGCAGCGUACCUCACCACACCCUGCGAUGUCAUCAAGACACGCUUGCAGGUUGAGGCGAGGAAAGGUGACAGCACAUACACCGGUCUGCGCGAUUGCGCCAAGAAGGUUUUCCGUGAAGAAGGAUUCAAAGCUUUCUUCAAGGGUGGUCCCGCCCGUAUCGCGCGUUCGUCGCCGCAAUUCGGUUUCACGCUAGCUGGAUAUGAGCUCUUGCAGACUCUCCUUCCGCUUCCUGGCGAGCAGGAGAAGGAGCUCACCCCACGCGGCAGCUUGGAGCCCAUCACUGGACUUCAGGAGGCCAAGGCACCGCUCCCACACUUGCGCUGUCGUAAUGCGCUGAAGAUCAUCAAUGACCUCGAUCUCGGCUUUGGUAAAGUCAAGGCACCACAUCCAGAGGGCGGCAUCACAAGCUGGAUUGGCGGCAUCCGCAGUAAACCUACGGAGGUUGCCCCUGUGGAGAAGAAGAAUUGA